AUGGCGUCUGUACUCCUGGCGCCAUUCAAGCCACUGACUCUUCGAAUCAAGGUCCUGGGUACCCUGACUGCCACACGCCUGACGUCGCGUAACUUCAAAGGACCCUUCAACACCCAUGGAAUCGACAUCUACACACCACCCGAGGAUCCGAGCUCUAUUUACAUCGUGGCAGUCAAUCAUCUGCCCAACCCAGCCUUCUACGCAUCUGCCACUCGUCCCAAUCCGGCGCAGAUCCCCCAAGCCCGCUCGCGCCUGGAGAUCUUUCACCACAAACUCGGCUCCACCGAAGCAACUCACCUGCGCUCCAUCUGGCAUCCACUCAUCCGAACCCCCAACGACGUCUACUUCCACACCCUCCACGAGAUUUACGUCACCAACGACCAUUUCUAUCGCGAUGGCGUGAUGCGACUCAUCGAGGACCUGGCCUACGGCAAGACCGCCCCGACUGACCUGAUCCACCUGAAGAUCACGGAUCCCUUCACUCAGACCCUCAAGUCCGGCGGUGAUGUCGACGACACAGCCGGUGUGGUCGGAACCCUCGCGAACAAAGGAAUCCACAACAACAACGGUCUGGGCCACGGCAAGACCCCGUCCGAAAUCAUGAUCGGCCGGCACCGCCAUCGGCCAGCUUCUCCUGGCCGAAGUCGACCAGCAGCGAUCCAACUCCCCUGUACCCUGGACAAUCCCUCUUACUUUGCCGAUCCCUACGUGGCCAAGACCGGCAGAGAUGCCAGCGGGUAUGUACUUGCGUCCCUGGCCCAGGCCAUCGCCUUCCCGAAUGGACUCGAUCUCGUAAUGGUCAUGCUGGUCCAGCCCAGAGGUGACACCAACUCCAAAGACAAGUCCAAAGACCAUUGGACGCAAAAGGUAAUCUUCCAGGACGACGGCCAUAUUCUUCGAACCGCCAGCACAGCAGUUCUGGUCGCAAUUGACCCGGAUAUGAACAAGGGAAAAAAGCAAGCAAACCUCUUCGUGACCGGUCCAUUAGGCCACGGCGUCGUGGUCUCUCGGAUUAAACCUUGA